GGUCGUGGAGCUGUGACAUCGCCAAAGCUUUAAAGGAGGAUAUCUCAGUUCGGCUCACAAGGAGUGUCAACCUUUCUCUUUGCCAAAUAACACCCGUCAAGAUUGCAGAAAUGCUGACUGACAGCAGGAAACGACACCGUAGCUGUGACAGUGAGGAGGACCAACAGCUGAGUCCUCAGGCCAAGAGGUCAGGAGGGGGUCCCAGCCUGUUUGUGUCAGAUUUGGAUUCAGAGUCUUCCAGCAGCGACAGCAGUAACGGGAUCAGCAGUCCAGAGAGAGCAAUAGUGGCAACCACCAGGCCGUGCAUACACAGCCAGAACAACUGCAUCAACCAGUACUCCCUCAGCCCAAAGCCCGAAGACUCCAAUAGCUCCUUGCAGCAUGGUUUCCAUGGCGACGGCAACAGUGUCUCUUACGACUACAUCAACAGAGUCCUGAGGGAGGCGCACUUCAGUAGUCUGCAGACCAGAGGGCGUCCGGGCUCAACAUGACCGUGACCUCUGACCCCCUCUCCUGACCUUUAGUCCCUGGCCCAUCAGUGCUGACACCACAGGCGCGGUGGCUCCUCCUCGAAAGCCUCAAGCGACACACUCGGGGGUCAGGGGGAAGGGGAUGACGUGUGGGGAGGUUUACAGAUUUUGGGCACAAAGGCUCAUCCCCACCUCACCAUGUACCAUUUGUCAAGACCAUAAGCACAUCCGCCUUUCCAUGGCCCAGCCACUGUGGUUUUCUGUGCAGUAUUGGUGUGUGUUUGUGUGUGUGUGUGUUUGCACGCACCCUGUGCACUUUAUAAAGAGGUAUCGUUCUCUUUACAUGCGUGCGUUGAUGCGUGGACAUUUUCAUUGGUGCUAAUCACGAGAAACGUGUGAUGAUCCAAAGUGCUUGCAAAACUAAAUAAAGCUAAGCACUUUAUUCAAUAACUCCUCAUUCUGUUUACUCUCGACUGGGGACAUCAGUCACAUGUUUGUAUCCGUGAAGUGGGAGUUGUGAUCCCAUUCACACAGGAAGUCCAUGGAGGCCGAUAGAGUCACUCCCAAGGAGCAUUAUUAAUACAAUCCAGUAAAAUAACAUUUCAGACCUUUUUUGUUUUCUCUAACCAAAGUCACAACCUUAAAUUAUAGUGUACUUGCAGUCACUUUUGCUAUCUAAAUAAAUCUGUAAUGUUCUGGUGUGGUUGGUGAGUGGGUUCAAGGUAACAGAACAGAGAUUCUUCAUGAGCCUCACCACCAAAAUCCAACCUCAGAUUAGACCCUGGCUAAUUAUAGAGUUGUGAGAGCAGGCACUGGAGUCUGCGGCUCAGGCGGUGCAAUGCUCAGCACAGUGUGUCUCACAAAAACAGCCUCAAGAAAAAAAAAGCUCUCUAAAUCAGUUUGUAACCAUGUGUUUAACAUUUUACACAUCAUGUGUGUGGAUGCGUCAUACGCCUGUCAGCCAUACUUGUUUUUUUUUUUUUAAAUGUAUGGUUCAAUAUGACCAGUACACUGUGUUGCGAAUAAAAUGAGAGAUGUGAAAGUGAUUCAUAUUUUAUGUAAUUUUCCAAAAUCAUUUGACAUUGAAAUAAAGCGUUGCUGAAAGUGAA